GGAGGCAGCCUGUUGCUCCUCAUCAUCAAACAGCCUCUUCGUACUCCACAAGCUCCAGCGCCUGUGUUGAGAUGGAGCAGAGUUGAAGCAAGAAGGAAACACAAUUCUUCAUCUUCAUGUUUCCUGAGCAAGGAUACAAGAGCAAAGUCUGUGAGCUUGAGAUUGCGCUGAUGGGAGGUUGAGCACAGGGAUGUGACAGUAAAGAUGACCCUGCUGGCGGGUGAUGGUUCUGACUACGACUACAGUGCCCUAAGCUGUGCCUCUGAUACUUCCCUCAAUCAACCUCCACAACAAGAAGCAGAGGCACGGAAGGGAGCCUUCUACAAAAGGGCCCAGCUUGCCCUGGAGCGCACCACCGUCCCUGACAACACCGCUUUGUCUGGCGCCCGGAAGAUCCACGCCAUCAUUAAUGUGGGUGGCCUGCGCUACCAGAUGCCUUGGACCACUUUAGAGGAUUUCCCUCUGUCCCGCCUGGGCCAGCUGCACCUCUGCAGCAGCUUUGACGAGAUUAUGCGCAUCUGUGAUGACUACGACGUUGCACACAAUGAGUUCUUCUUUGACCGCAGCCCCUGUGCCUUCAGGACCAUCCUGACUUUCUUGAGGGCGGGUAAGCUGCGCUCCCUCAGGGAGAUGUGCGCUCUCUCGUUCAGAGAGGAGCUCCUCUACUGGGGCGUCCCAGAGGAGAGCCUGGAGUGGUGCUGUCGCCGCCGCAUGCUGCAGCGUGUGGAGGAGUUUGAAGCCAUGGAGAGAGCAGAAGAAGAGGAUGAACUUUUGGAGGACCUGUUGGAUUCGGAGAACGGACACAGGGAGCGCACGGCUGAGACCAGAAUCAACUGGUGCAUGAACAAACUGAGAGACAUGGUGGAGAGGCCUCACUCCGGCCUGCCAGGGAAGAUCUUUGCUUGUUUGUCAGUGUUGUUUGUUACCAUCACAGCCAUCAACCUCUCCAUCAGUACCAUGCCAGCUAUGAGAGAAGAGGAAGAGGCGGGCACAUGUUCCAAGAUGUGCUACAACAUCUUCAUAGUGGAGACCGUAUGUGUGGCCUGGUUCUCCUUGGAGUUCACCCUGCGCUUCAUUCAGGACCGCAGCAAGCUGACCUUCUUCAGAAAGCCUCUGAACCUGAUUGACGUGGUGGCCAUCCUGCCCUACUACAUCACGCUGCUGGUGGACGGUUCGUCCAACGGGGAGAAGCGCCUCGGCUCCGGCAGCAGCUACUUGGACAAAGUGGGCUUGGUGCUACGCGUCCUCAGAGCGCUGCGCAUCCUCUACGUGAUGCGGCUGGCUCGCCAUUCGCUGGGCCUGCAGACUCUUGGCCUGACGGCGAGGCGCUGCACACGGGAGUUUGGACUGCUCCUCCUUUUCCUGUGUGUGGCGAUUGCUUUGUAUUCACCCCUUCUGUACCUGAUUGAGAAUGAAAUGGCUGCCACACAGGAGUUCACAAGCAUCCCCGCGACCUAUUGGUGGGCUGUGAUCACUAUGACAACUGUUGGUUAUGGGGACAUGGUGCCAAGGAGCAUCCCUGGCCAGGUGGUAGCUCUCAGCAGCAUUCUGAGUGGCAUUCUCCUGAUGGCGUUCCCCGUCACCUCCAUCUUUCAUACCUUCUCCAGAUCAUAUGUGGAGCUGAAGCAGGAGCAGCAGAGGAUCCUGCAGAGGAGGACACACUUCCUACUGCGUAGCCGCAUGGCCGGCCUGGGCAGCAAUCUUUCCUUAGAAAGUGACCUCCUCUUUCCCAUAGGGCCACCUGAAACCACAGAAAUGAACAACUGAGACUGCAGUAGAUGAGGACAACAUGUGGUUGUCUAAUUACAAGAGCAGGGCAGAGUGGAAAGAAGAUUAAUAUCAUGCAUUGGACUUUUUUGCUUUUAUCACAUUGCAACAACAAACUUAAA